GUGGUGAUGCGUGUGUUGUGGUGAUGCGUGUGUGUUGUAUGAGGUGUGUUGUGUCUGUUCAUGUUUGUUAUUGGGGAAGUAACGGUCAUCUCAGGGCCAACGGCCGGACGCCAUUGGUCGCGCGCGGUCACGAGGUGUGCGUAUGCGCGACACGAUUUGUGGAGGCGGCGCGUCGUCUCGGACUGCGGCGUCGCGGGGCCCCUCUCGAGGCAGAGCUCGGCCCAAGGGGAGCAACCGCCGGGGUCUGGGCUCGGGGCGCAGAGCGCGAGUUCCCUGGCAGAGGCGCUGGUGCAUUGAGCGGGCUCCUACUGUGCUGGGCCAGCCACUCUGUGCCGUGGCGCUUACCGCCCACCGCCGGAAUGGCGUGGCAUAGCUCUUCGCACACGCGGUCCUACCUCACCGAGCCGGUAUGCAACGGGCGACGGUCGUACGGGCUUCCCCUGGUGACGACGCACACCUACUCUAGUGACUACCGCUAUGCAACCGCCAGUGGCCCCGAUUACGGCGGCAUCGGUGGAGGCAGCGGCUCACGCCUGCGCUCAAACUCGGGCGCGGAGGAACGCAUGGGGAGGAGCAGCUCACGCUUCACCGACUCGCACCUCCACGACCUGAGCCGGCGCAGCGAGAGCCUCAGCCGCCUGCCAUUCCGAUCUCCGGGCUACGGUGGAAUCGGUGGCGGUAGUAGCGGCAUCGGCAGUGGCUACUACUCCCCAUCUGGGCUCAAUGGGGGCUACAGCGGCGGCAGCAGUGGCGCGUACUCGACUUCGUACGGCGCGGGCGGCGCGUGCGGCUCCUACUCGUCGUUCAAGAGCUCGGCCGGACUCUCCUCCGCGUACGGCAGCAGCAGCCUCGGCAGCGGCCUCGGCAGCAGCAGCAGCAGCAAUGCAUUCUCGUCGACGCAGGCGCUUGCACGGCGCCGCUCCACCAGCCAGACGGAGCUGCACCUGAGCCGGGACCUGGGAGGGCUGUCGGUGGUGGGGGCUCGCCGGGCAGGUGCGGAAGUGACGCGGCACGGCACCUCCAGGGACGACGACGAGAGCGAUGGCCUCAAGGGCUCGGCCAUUGGAUCCUCAUCCUACUUGGGCGGAGCUGGUACCAGCAGCGGACGCUACACCGGAAACACGGCGCACUCGCCGCCCGAGAGGGAGAGCGCGGCCACCAAGUCAGUGAAGGGCCUGGUCGGACUGCGGAACUUAGGAAACACGUGCUUCCUCAACUCUGUGAUCCAGUGCCUGAGCAACAGUAAUGAUCUGCGUGACUACUGCCUCAAGGGGGACUUCAAACAAGAGCUCAACAUGGGCAGCAGGAUGAAGGGCGCUCUCAUGGAGGAGUUUGCCCGGCUGCUGCAGGCGCUCUGGAGCAGCACGGGCUCAGAGACGGUCAGUCCCCAAGCCUUCAAAACGCAGAUUCAGAAGUACGCGCCCCGCUUCAUGGGCUACAACCAGCAGGAUGCACAGGAGUUCCUGCGCUUCCUGCUCGAUGGGCUGCACGGGGAGGUGAACCGCGUGCUGAGCCGACCCCGCCAGCCCAUCAGCGAUGACCUUGACUCAUACAGUGAUGAUGAGAAGGCAAAGAGGAUGUGGAAAAGGUACCUAGAGAAAGAGAACAGCAAGAUUGUAGACUUGUUCGUGGGGCAACUAAAGAGCUCGCUCAAGUGCAGCACUUGCGACUUCUGCUCGACGACUUUUGACCCCUUUUGGGACCUCUCGCUACCCAUCUCGCAGAAGUCAUACGAUUGCUCCCUCGUCGACUGCAUACGGCUCUUCACCAAGGAGGAGGUCCUGGAUGGAGACGAAAGACCGACAUGCUCGCGUUGUAAGGCGCGGAGGAAAUGCACUAAGAAGUUCACCAUCCAGAAGUUUCCCAAAAUCCUCGUCCUACACCUGAAGCGUUUCUCUGAGUCAUCCCGCCGCUACCAGACCAGCAAGCUUUCAACCUUCGUGGACUUCCCCCUACGAGACCUCGACCUGGGCAACUUUGCUGCUGACAAGAAUGUGUCUGCUGUGUACAACUUGUACGCCGUGGCCAACCACUCGGGCACCACCAUGGGCGGGCACUACAUCGCGUACGGGCGGCCACCGGGCAGCUCCGAGUGGUACUGCUACAAUGACUCGCGGGUGACCCCUCUGUCCAUAGGUCAGGUGCGCUCGAGUGAGGCAUACGUGCUCUUCUACGAACUCUCCACGUCGCGCUUCUGAAACCUCCUACCAUGGACGCAGCUACCCGCCACGCCUAGUAGUACCUGCCGCAAACACAGCUAACCACCACGGACACCACUCCCCACCAUGGACAUCGCAACGCGCCAUGGACACAACUAACCUACUCCGACAACGCUAUCUGCCAUGGAUACUGCUACCAACCAUGGACAUGGCUAACUACCACAGACAGCACCACUUGCCAAGGGCAGUGCUAACCACCAUGGGCAGCGCUACCCACCAUGGACACAGCUGCCUAGUACUGACAGCCACGGACACAGCUACCUGCCACGGACUUCACCUUCCCUUCCCUGAUCUCCCACUCGGCAAAUGCUACGCUCGGCCAUGCUCCGGGGAGACGUGUCUACCCCUCCCCAAGGCCGGGAUAAAUGGUGGGCCGUCCUUGUGGCCUUAUCACACGGGGAGAGCGUGCCACGCUCCGUUGCAUCUAAGUGGUGGCAGGAACUGAGCUUUUGCACUGUUUCCACAGCAACGUUUCUGACUUAAAGGCUUUAAAUAAGCUGCACGAAAGUAAACACAUCCCUUAACCACACAAAAUGGUGCAAUCCUGUAAUUUACCCUCAAUAAGAUUAUUAAAACGUACAGAACAAAGGAGGUGAAUGUAGUUUGGCAGGGAGGUUUCGUCCGGUCUCUUUCCCAGCACUGACAGACAGUUCUGAAAGGUCCGUGGGUAUUAAACUAUGAUCAUGGAGUGCAUUGAGCUGCCACAGACUCACACUUCCAGCAGCGUUGGAACUGAAGGUUGACUAAACAGUGUUUAAUUUUACGGACAUGCUAGUGAAGCACGAAUGGAGCAUGGAACUGCACUAAAGGGUAGAAAGGCAGAGUGAGUGAGUGGCUAUCCGAAAGACACCGAAAGGGCUUGGAAGCUCAGGCGUUGGCAGGGAAGGAUACGACACCUGUGGCUGUCGUCGCUUCAAUCCAAGAGUCGCGUUUCACUUCCACAUUGCGUGUACCACUCACUUCCCUGACUCCUAGCUUGGCAUUGCACCAUUUCUCGACAGCAAAAUGCAGUCACAUGGAUUCUGGUUAACAGAGCUAGGCAGCGCCUCAUUUGGAAAUGUCCAUCACUAAUCCCCAGAGCCACCCUGGGCUUGGGGAGGUGGGUUGUUCCUCAGGUGCGGAGCGACUUUCCCUGCACUCGUUGCCUUGUUUCGCCACUCGCUGGGAGUGAAACAUUGCCGCUCUGACAGAAAUUUCUGCAUUCAACUUAGGCCCGUGGGUCCCUCUCUCCCAUACAGGCAAUACGAUACAAUAGAUUACGGAUGCAUUUAAGUUCUGAAUGUAGCUACAUCUGAAGACAUCACCUUGUGUUGAAAACCGUUCUUUAACACAAUAUGGUGCAUUGCUCAUAAAGAGUUCUGGAUAUAAAUGUGUAGGUCUCGUGAUUUGGCACCAAUAACACAACAGGAAUGAAAUUUGGAGAAUGCACAUAUCUAUGUUGUUCCCAUUCCCCUGUCCCCUAGGCUCUGGAUACCUUUGUGAUUGGCAGCAGUCAUGUUUCUCAGAGCGGUAGUGUCUUACUGCAGGAUGUAACUGGCAGUAUUGCGCACUGCGCUUCGCAAUGAAUAUUGUAGAUAAGAGUGUGGUGCGUUUGUGCGCUCUAACUCGAAUGCACUUGCCCUCUUGCCGUUAUAUCCGCUAUAUAAUGUAAUUAUUUAAUAUAGUGUGUACAUUGGGUAUCGCUGAGUGGGUAAUGUGGUGUUGAGAGGCAUUGAGUCUGCAGGUUUAUCAUGUGGGCACAGAUGGUCAGCUUUGGAUACUAUAGCUUUGAUAGACUUCUCGUUUCGAUUUCUACAUGACAAACAAACACCUGCAUAGUAAGACAUGUGAGAAGGAGCACCAACACCUACAUAGUGUGUAUAAAAGGCAAAUGAGGGAACAUCAGAAGCACUUAUGUCACGUCAUCUUCCAGAGGUUUUGUGCUAACAUGGUGGUGUACUGUUCACUGUGAAUUCUUAAUAGUAAUUGCUUCAUCCUCUCUUGGCAAGAUACCGAUAGCACAAUCGCUCUGUACUGCGGAACAAGCAGACGUAUCGUUACCGUGGGCUCAUUACAGAGUUCACGAGGCCCAGUGCAUACUACAAUUGGCAGACAGGCCUGCAUUUCAGAGACAAUUAUUUAGCAGACAAUAUGCCUACUUCUCAUAUCUGUCCCUCUACAUAAUGUAAGUAUUGUUUACACAUCCCUUCAGCUACAUGCCUUGCAAGAAGUGCAUAAUUUUAUCAGAAUUGGUUCAAUACAUUAAAACUGGACAGGUUUCGCCAUUCAAACUCAUCAGACAUCAUUUUUUACGGACUUUUGUUUUCAAAGUUGCCUGUCGAACUCUAUGCACCGUUGGGUCCCAUACAGUACUCUCCAGCAGUAAAUAAGGGCCAGUCUGUGGUAGUCCCAGAAUUGCAUGGGCUGAGUGGUGAAGGAGUCUAGCCAGCCCAGGCUGGGUGCUGCUGUAUGAAGUUUAUUGAGAAUGUCCUCUUCAAUCAUACCGACUCUCGCAGGGACUGGCUUCAUGAAAAACUGUAUGUUAUUAUUUUAGUUCCCUUAUAUAAUUUGUUAAUGUAUUUUUUUAACUACUCUACAACACAAUGGUGUAGUUGGACUGAGCCUAAUGUGCCCUUUAGAGUAUAAAUGAAAUGUUAAAUGAUUGUAAACACUUGGUGGUAAUUUAAUUUCACUACUAACUAGCAACCCAGCUGUAUUUGAAUGUGACCGUCAAUCUCUCCCAGCCAGCAAAACUUGUAUUCGUAUAUAGAGCCCUGUUACUCCCUUUUUCUUGCCUUCUCAGAACUGUACGUCAAUAUUUAUCUCGAUUUCUCGCUUUGUUUUUGCUAAUUCCUCUCUCCACUGUAUCUCACCCACUUAGCUCCCCCUAUCACUCUUCCUGUUUCUCUCUCACCCUCACUCUCCUUAUUCCUACCUCUGACCUUUCCCUUCUCAAUAUUUCUUUCCUCUCCCUAAUCCUCUCUCCCACUGUUUUUCAUUUUCCCUUGCUGUCCUCUUUCCUCACCGUUUCAUUCCCUUUCACUCUCGGCGCCUCUCUGUCUCUUCCUUAUCUAUCUCCCCACCCUAUACCUCUAUCUCCCGCCUCACCUCCUCCCUUUGCUCUGGUUUGAGUAUGAUCGAGUAUGAUGAUGAUAUGACAAUAUGAUAGAGUAUCCCGCACAUUUGUUUGGAAUACACAUCCGGAAAGGAUGGUGGGGUGUGAUGUCGGGGUGACGCACAAACCCGGCUCAGUGCUGUGGGAUGCGGGUGAUGUCAGUGUGCACUUGCGAGUGCAGCACCUCAGCCUGACAGGAACCCACCCAGAUCAUCCAUCCAGAACACUUUUCUACUAUAGUAACAAACUGUAUAGGAAGCAGAGACUCUAUGGUUUUGAAGAAAACAGAAAUGGUGCAUUUUAUUAAUGCAGUUAAUACUUGUUAUAGUUAAGCACCAUUAAGUAAAACAAUGCACUUUUGAUUAGAACAAAAUGUACGUUAAUCGUAUUCAAAUCUCACGUUUUGCAGAGACACUUAAAAUAAAGCGGUGUGAAAACUUUACUAUUCUUCCUCAUGCUAUCAGAUUAUAAACAGCUACUCCCACCCUGUAGGGGCACAAGGUGACAGGCAGGGGAGCAAGUAAGCUGCUAAACCAGUGUUAUCCUCCUGUCUGUGAGGGCUUUCUCUAGACUCCUCCCGCACAAAAGCAUUCAACAAAAAAGCAACUAAACGUCAAAAGCAGGAAUUUCCUGAAAAAGACAUGAAGCGAGUUAGGCUUUGGUGGGUAGAGAUAAGGGGGCAUUUAAUAUUGGUAUAAAUUUCGUGGAAUAUCCCACGUCUCCUGGGUUAAACAAAAGAGAGUGGUCGCAGACAAGCACUGGCAGGAAGGCACCAAGUUGUUUCACCCAAAGCUAGUGUUUGCAAUUCUGCCUUACAAUGAGCAAUUUUAUAGCACAACCCAAUCUUGAUUUUUCACAAAGAAGUACUAAUAUUUUAAACAAUGGAAGCAUGAUGAGCCAAGUUGACCUCUGACGGAUUUGAAAAUCUCAAUAGAUUGGUUGUGGGCAGUACAUUUCGAUGAAUGCACUGUGAGCACGGACACUGAAAAAGGUGACGUGUGGUUCAUGGUAGCAUGAUGGUCAGUGGGAUUGGGGGGCCACACUCGGUGGUUGUCUAGUUGGUUAGCAG